AACUUACAAAUGAUAUAGUUGUAUACGAAGUAAUUAAAGUUUCUGCAGAUGCAAUAUGAAGCUCUUUCAUCAUCUUCUUCACCAGCAAAAUUUCAUGGCAAUAACAUAUGUAAGAAGAUCAAUGACAAGGGCAUUUUCGUCUGUUCGUUGGGAAGGUGGUGUUUCAAUGGUACAAGGAGCUUCUAGAGGCAUUGGCCUUGAAUUUGCUAAGCAGUUACUAGAAAAAAAUGAAAAAGGGCAUGUCAUUGCUACAUGUCGUGAUCCUAGUGGUGCAAGCGGGCUGAUUCAAUUGAAAGAAAGGUUUUCUGAACGGCUUGAAAUUCAAAGGCUGGAUCUUACUGAUGAAAGAACCAUAGAGGAGUCUGCUAUGUCAAUCAGCGAGAGAUAUGGAGUACUGAACCUUCUUAUCAAUGCAUCUGGCGUUCUUUCAAUACCUAAUGUUAUGCAACCAGAAACAACAUUGAGCAAAGUGCAAAGAUCGUCGUUGAUGCUUGCUUAUGAGAUUAAUGCAGUUGGUCCAAUAUUAGUCAUCAAGCAUAUGUGGCCACUGCUAAAGGCUGGAGGAGGCUCUGGGACUGAAAGAGACGUAGCAAUUGUGGCCAGUUUAAGUGCCAGGGUUGGAUCAAUUGGGGACAAUCGUUUGGGUGGUUGGCAUUCAUAUCGUGCUUCUAAGACUGCUCUAAAUCAAUUAACCAAAAGUAUAUCAGUUGAAUUUGCUCGAAAGAAGGAUCCAAUUGCAUGCCUAUUAUUACACCCAGGCACGGUGGACACUGAUCUCUCAAAGCCAUUUCAGAAAAAUGUUGCUAGAGAGAAACUUUUCACCAAAGAGUUCUCAGUUCAGAAGCUCUUAAGCAUCAUCAACAAUGCCAAGAUCCAUGAUAAUGGCAAAUUUUUUGCGUGGGAUGGUCAAGAAAUUCCUUGGUAAAUUAAAGAUCUGUUUUUUUUUUUGGAAUGAAGUUCCUGAUUUUGUGAAAAGCACCGCAUACAUAAAUUGUCCUUGCUAGCUUUUCCGCAAACAUUUCAAUCAAAUUACUUAUUAUUCUUUGAUUUGCUUGGAAGUGAUAUUGAAUUUGAUAGAGUUUUGAUUUGAUUUACAGUUCUACACUUUCUUUGUA